AUGGGAUUACCGAAGCUGCUCAAGAAAGCCAAGAUCUAUCGCAAGAAUACUGUCAAGAACUAUCGCAAGAAUACUGAGUCAUGGGUAAAAGGAGCAGGACAUCGACGCUCGAGAGUCAGACUCGUGUGCUGUGUCAGCGACCUGCCUGCAGGCCGCCAUCGACAUACCGUCCAGCUAUCUACAGUGCGACCAGACAUCGCUCCGAUGGAUAAGAAAAUCCUGCCAGGAUGGUUUUGUGUUCAACUUCGAACAACAAACCUGUAUUGUACCAAAGCGAAUGAGUUCGCUAUCCCGUAA